AUGGCGGCUAACGGUCUGUACAAUCUUUACCGGCUCGCCAUCCCCGUGGCGACGGGUGCGAUGAUCUUCAACGCUUCCAUCUACGACGUUCGCGGUGGAACACGGGCAGUCAUCUUCGACCGAUUGAGCGGUGUCCAGGAGAAGGUCGUCAACGAGGGUACACAUUUCCUGGUCCCUUGGCUGCAGAAGGCAAUUAUCUAUGAUGUUCGAACCAAGCCUCGCAACAUCUCCACUACAACGGGAAGUAAGGACUUGCAGAUGGUGAGCUUGACCCUGCGAGUCUUGCAUCGCCCUGAUGUCCCGAAGCUCCCGGUCAUCUACCAGACCUACGGUACCGACUACGACGAGCGUGUCCUCCCCUCCAUCGGAAACGAAGUCCUCAAAGCCAUCGUGGCUCAGUUCGACGCCGCAGAGCUCAUCACACAACGAGAGGCCGUCUCGAACCGUAUCCGCACCGACUUGUUGAAGCGUGCCGCACAGUUCAACAUCGCCCUGGAAGAUGUCUCCAUUACGCACAUGACCUUCGGAAAGGAGUUCACACGGGCUGUCGAGCAGAAGCAGAUCGCACAGCAGGACGCCGAGCGUGCCCGGUUCAUUGUCGAGAGAGCCGAGCAGGAGCGCCAGGCGAACGUUAUCCGUGCGGAGGGUGAAGCCGAGAGUGCCGAGAUCAUCAGCAAGGCCGUCGCCAAAGCCGGUAGUGGUCUUAUUGAGAUUCGUCGGAUCGAUGCCACAAAGGAGAUUGCUCAGACGCUGGCGAAUAAUCCCAACGUCACGUACCUGCCAGGCAACGAAGGCAAGGAGGGUGGAAAGAGCACAAGUCUCCUGCUGGGUCUGAGGAAUUAA